GCCUAGAGAGGCUCUUAAAGUGGUGGAGAGAGGAGGGCGGGAGGGGACCACCUUCAAUACUGGCCGCUGGCGGUAUCAUGGCGACCCGGAACCCCCCUCCCCAAGAAUAUGAAAGUGAUGAUGACUCUUAUGAAGUAUUGGAUUUAACUGAGUAUGCAAGAAGACACCACUGGUGGAAUCGUGUUUUUGGCCACAGUUCUGGACCUAUGGUAGAAAAAUACUCAGUAGCCACCCAGAUUGUAAUGGGUGGAGUGACUGGCUGGUGUGCAGGAUUUUUGUUUCAGAAAGUUGGAAAACUUGCAGCAACUGCAGUAGGCGGUGGCUUUCUUCUCCUUCAGAUUGCUAGUCACAGUGGCUAUGUGCAGAUUGACUGGAAGAAAGUUGAAAAAGGUGUAAACAAAGCAAAAAGACAGAUUAAGAAACGAGCAAAUAAGGCAGCACCUGAAAUCAACAACAUAAUUGAAGAGGCAACGGAAUUUGUCAAACAGAACAUUGUGAUAUCCAGUGGAUUUGUAGGAGGCUUUUUGCUAGGCCUUGCAUCUUAAGGAUGUGAGUGUUCUACCACAGUGGAGUCACCUGUGAGAAAAGAAGUUGUGGUGACAAGGCGGUCUCUCUCAACAUUACACACCACCUUCCUCUCCAGGGCAACAGGCAACAACUAGCUGGACAACAUCUAGCUCAAAACUUAGCAUAUUGUUAUCUGAAAUUUGGUAAACUAGUAUCUGCUGUAAAACAACCUGUAUGGUAUGUGUACAAUAGUAUUCCUGAUCAAAACAUGGCUGUCAUUUAUUUAAAUCAGAUGUUCUUCAUUGUGCUUUAUAGUAUAGGGCCAAUAAAUAAAAAUUUGUACUAUAGCUGCAACAUUAGGGCUGACUUUUUUUUUAAAGAUAUGUUUGUAAUAAACUGAACAGUAAUAAUGCCCUUUUGUGAAAGGAUUUAGAAAUAGUAGAAUUAUUAAAUAUAUUAAAUUUAAUACCAAUUUUUAGCUUGCUUCUGUAAUUCUUACUGUGCUUAUAUAAUAACUAGUAAACAAUUUCAAGAAAGGCUCUUCUAAAGAAAUAUUACAUGUUUAAAGCUUUUUUCUUUUUUUGAUGUCUGUAGUUGUAAAAAUAUAUCUUCUUGUAUAUAAGCUUCUAAUUUAUUUUAUCCUGGCAGCCUGAGAAGAACUAAUUAUUUUGUGGGUACAUAUAGUUGGUUUACUGAUUUAUUACAUUAACUUUGAGUGAACCUCAUUUCUCGGUUCUAAAUGUUGUAGUUAUUAUUUUGGCCUCUUCACAAAGUGGUAAAAAUUACCUUAAAAUACUUAGUAGUACAGUAUGAAUUUACUGUCUGAAGAACCGUGAUUUUCUGUAUAGUUAUGAAAUUGGAGCUUAAAGAGAAUUAUCUCCUUGAUCUAGAGAUAUAAGUGCUAAGGCUUUCAAACUUUUGGUAGCAUUGUAUUAGUUGAACACUCGGCCAUUUGACCUGAUUCUCAGGGCCGACAUCACACUCCCUCCGAGGCGCCUUUGCUCAGAAAAGCUUUCUAUAUUGUUUGUUUUGUCCACAGAGUUCUAGGUUGGAAUUGGGAAAAACAUCAGAACAAUAUGUAUUAGAAUCUUCAGAUUGGAAAGACUGCAGAUAUUUAGACUAUCUCCUUUUGAUAGCAAGUCCCCAUAGUAUAUUUUGUGUAUUGUAAAGAUAAAGCAUUUGAUACUUUAAAGAUGGGUACAAUCUGUAUGCUUUCAUUAUCAUAAGACUCCUUAAAAUUUAAUGUGAGAUUGAUCUUCAUGUUCUUUCUUUACUCUCAUUAGUGCCUCAGAUACAAUGCUAAAUAAAA